AUGUCUUUCCGCGGCGACGACCAGCGGAGAUAUGGCCAUGUGCCACCCGUGCGGUAUCCAGUUGCCAGUCGCGACCAAGAGUACCAGCAACAACAACAGCAGCAGCAGCAGCAGCGACAAUCACCAUACGAAGACCUUGGGCGCCGAGCUAGCUUCAACGGUGGGGAUGACGCCGCCUAUAUUCAGCAGCCAGCCAGCCGCUCUCCCGGCUUCGGUUCUGGCGACGAUGAACUCUUCAUAAACAACAAUUCCGCCGCUCGGCCUGGCUAUGGUUCCACCAACAGCGCGCUGUCGGGCUACCAACACCAAUAUCAAGAUGUCCCUCCUACGCCCACGUACUCGUACAACCCUCAAAGCUUUGCGCAGUCAUCGGGCUUCUCACGGUCGACCUCCACCAAUGCUCUCCCCUACCGUAACCAGGCCCAGCCUCCGCCCCCAUCACGUUAUGCCUCGAAUGCUAGCUCAUAUACACCGCAAGCUUACGACCCAUCUGCUUAUGCAAGCACAAAUGUCCCACAACGACAAGGCUCCUACCAAGGAUACAACAAUUAUGGUCAAAACUAUGGCUCGCAGACGUCUCCUGGCUUCAGCCAGUCUACUGGAGGCUAUCCGCAAUCAGCAGCUUCCCCUGCAUUGUCAUCUGGCUUUGACCAGCCCUUGCGGAGCCCCUCAGCCGGGGGGUAUGACCAGUCUUAUAGCCAAUAUCCAGGUCAAUUAUCCAACGGAGGGGCGUCAUUCUCGAAUGCCUCGCAGCCCCCGUACCCCACUACAGCGCAGAUGCCUGUUGGACCCUACUACUCCCCGAAUGAACACAAUGCACUCUAUAACAGGGCAUCCCGUUCAAAUUCCCAAGCAUCACCGAUCGGAUCCCCUUCGAACGCUGGAUCAACAUCGCCUGGCCUGCAACGACACCCAACGAAUGCCCCAUUGCCAAGUAGACCUGUCGACGAUGAGCUUGCUUGGAGUGCUGGACACGAACGAAUCACAAGCGAUAACCUGAUGCAAGAGCUGGAACUUGAAUUGGGAAGCUCUGGACAAGGCUAUCGCCCACUCCCGGAGCCCGAGAACGGCCGUUACGAUGACGAUUUCCAUGGGCAGCAACUGCAGCGUUUCGACUCCGGCGCCACUACGAUCCCCAACACAGCCAGCCGAACGACCUCGACGCGGACCGGCCAGACCGCUUACGAACCCGAAGACGAUGACGACGACGCGUACGGAGAGGCUGGUCUAAUGGCUAUGCGACAGGCUGAACUUGACGAACAGCGUUUCAGCACUGGAUUUGGGUACACUGAUAUGCCCGUCAUGGCAGACCCUUCACCAGAGCCCGCUCAUACUAACUCCCUGUCAACGAACCUGUCAACCAGCACACUACAUACCCACCCCGAAGAGCAAGUUCAUAGCAGCGACAGUGAAUUCGCUGGCGUCGACCUGGGAAUGCUGGGUGGUGGCUUUGGAGGCACUUUGACUUAUGGUGGAGAUGUUGGAUCACCGCCCAAUUCGUCUGGUCAAGAUAUUGGUCGACCUCUCCCUACACCAGGCUAUUUCAACCGUGCAUACGACCAAGGUGAAAGUGUGCCGGCCCUCAAGACGGCAGAGAUGGACUAUGGUGGCACAGGAGGCUUGCAGCCACCCACGCAGCAUCGAUUGAGCUUCGAUGAGGAAGACGAGCGUGUAUCACUACGUUCCCGACAGAGCGGAACAGAGUCACCGAGCAAAGAUGAGCUACAAGAUCUGUUCUAUCAUCCAGGUCUAUCAAGUAGACCCUUGCCAGCCAUCCCAGGGCCUGGAUCCGACAGCAGCUCGAUGCUCUCAGUACAGACCAACAACCGUCAACAGUAUCAGCAUGCAUACUCUCGUAGCACAGAUUCGCGAUUUGGUGCGCCAGAUAAUCCCGAAGCCUAUUAUACCGCCGGUCAGCCCUACAACCCGCAACCUGAACGUUCCAUAUCAUUGGCUGGGCACAGCCACACGCCUCAGGUGCAAACACCCGCUCGAUCCAGGACUGACGCUGCCGAAGAACGGAGGAAACUUGCCAGGUAUGGUCACCAGCAGGCGCCUUCGAAUCAGUCUUUCCCCGAAUAUGAAACUCCUGCUGGCUCAAUAGCAGCAUUUGAUGGAAUCACUCUACCAAGUGGCCGCAAGAAGAAGUUCAUACCUUCAAAACUCAAUGCUUCCGAUUUCCGCAGAUGUCCUGAACCGUGGGCGCUCAGCGGUCUCGAGGCCUGGAUCCGCGAGAUGGGAGAAGGCGAGCAAGACUUGAGAAGCAAAUCAAUCGAGGAGGCCUUGAUCAACUUGUUUACCGGCAAGAUUCCAAUGAUGAACGUGGCCGAUGCCGAGGUUCUCAGCACACAUGUGGUGUCGUCGAUGCUAGAGCGAGGUGUGCUUGUUCCGGAAGAGGAAUGGGUGAAAUUUGGGAAUGGCCAUAUCUCGGGAGUCUUAUGGCAAUUGACAGGCUCUGGAUGCUACGCUCCCAAAGUUCAUGAUGAGGAAAUUGGCGGUCGUUGCUAUUCUCAUCAUUGUACCCGCACCUUGAAGAAGGUCGACCUCGAGGAAUUGGCCCAGGACUCGAAGCCUGCUGAUGAUUGGCACGUGUUCUACGGACUUCAGAAGUCUGACUGGGAAUCAAAGCCAAAGAAGGAAGUCGAGCGUCAGAACAUCCUUCACGAAAUCGUUACUGGAGAGGAGAAUUAUAUCAAACAACUGGACAUCUUCCGUAUAUACUACCGCGAUCAACUUCGGAUGAUGCAGCCCCCGAUCCUGAAACCCGAGAAGCGAGACAAGUUCUUGCAUACGGUCUUCGGAAAGCUUGACCAGGUACAAGAGAUCAACAAGGACCACUUGUUGUCGCAGCUCAAAUAUAGGCAACAAGAGCAAGGUCCCUGGAUCAUUGGCUUCAGUGAUCUAUUCCGAGAAUGGAUUCGCAAAGCCAAGUCAGUAUACAUUGAGUACGCCUCGGCUUAUCCCAACGCAGUCUAUCAGGUUCGCAGAGAAGCCGAUCGCAACAUUCUUUUCAAGCGAUUCCUCGAUGACAUGCAGAAGCAGAAGGUCUCGUCCAAGCAUGACUGGACUCAUUAUUUAAUUGCGCCAAUUCAGCGUCUCCAGCGUUACACUCUUCUUCUCGAGAGUGUUGAGGGUAAAAUGAUCACUGACAGUGAGGAGAAGUCGAACCUGGCCAAAGCUAUCGCAGAGAUCCGACAAGUAACCCUGGAAUCUGAUGCCAAGGUGGCUGAACAGAAUAAGAGAGUACAAAUGAUGGAGCUGAAUAGAAUGCUCGUUCUCAGGCCAGGCUUCCACUCCGUUCUGAACCUGGACCACCUCGGCCGCGAAUUGAUCUUCCAAGGAGAUCUCCAGAGGAUGGGGUCCAAGGGAGUCAGAUGGGUUGAUACACAUGCCUUGCUCUUUGAUCACUACAUGAUUUUGGCAAAGACAGUGACACCGAAAGAAGGCAAGGACAAGAAGUAUGAUGUUUCAAAAGAGCCUAUCCCGAUGCCCCUACUAUUCCCCGAGAGUGUCAACGAUGAGCCAGUCCAGAAGCAGAAGGGUAUUACUGCUCCGUUGGGCAGGACCACGGCAGCUUCUGCUUCCACGACUCAGCUCAACAAAGUAGGAAGCAAUACCGGUAGGCCUGGCCUGGAGCACGCAGCUACGAACUCCUCUCUUGGAUCUUCCUUGACCCCAACUGGCUCCAACGACCCCGAGGGUAGAAUCCUGUACCCGUUUAAGGUCAAGCACCUGGGCCAUGAAGUAUAUACCUUGUAUGCGUCGUCAGCGAAGGAUCGAGCUGAUUGGUGCAACAUGAUCAUUGAGACCAAGACACGACAUGCCAAAGCUCUUUUCUCCCAGAACGCUGAACCUUUCAGACUCCGAGUCCUUGCGGAUGCUGCUUUCCAUUAUGACAACACUUCCAUAUACGCCAGGUAUCCAAGUGUUCCGGUCAAGGGCACUCCCCUUGAUCGAGCCAUUCAGGAGUUGGAGAGUGUCUUGGGACCAGCCCAGGGCGUCGCUCCCGUGUGCCGUGCUCAAGUCAACUGCGCUACGAGCUUUACUGCCUUUGGCAAGUCCGUGAUCGCCAUUGGAACCGAUUAUGGUGUCUACAUAUCCGAGCCAUCGAAUCCCCGUGGAUGGCAGAGGACGGUUCAAGCAACCCGCGUGACUCAGAUCGCUGUCCUUGAGGAGUUCGCUGUCUGUGUGCUCAUCGCCGACAGGAACCUAAUCUCUUAUCCUUUGGAUGUCAUAGCUCCGGUUUCUGACUUCUCGGCUCCUCUUAAUGACAACCCUCGACGAGCGCCGCAGAGGCUGGCUAAAGAUGUGACGUAUUUUGCCACAGCCAAGAUGAAGGACAGGAUGCUUCUUUUCUAUAAGCGUAAAGAGGGUCUCCAUACUUCGUUCAAGGUUCUUGAGCCCAUUUUCCAAAAGUCCACCGAAAAGAAGUCACGACUCUUUGGCGGGCGCAAGACAAGUGGUGGUUCGGCAGAGACGUUCCGCGACUUUGACGAGUUCUUCUUCCCAACCGAGUGCUACUCGCUCAGCUUGUUCCAAACAUAUAUCGCAGUUGCAACAGCCAAGGGAGUUGAAAUGCUCACGCUGGACAAGAAGCAGCCUAUGUCCAUUCCCGACCUCAAAGCACCAGCAAUUGCUAACAUCGCUGGCCGUAUCCGGGAUCAAAAACCACUCGGCAUGUUCAGGCUCAAUGAGAAUGAAUUCAUUGUCACAUACGAGGACUGUGCGGUGUACGUGGAUAAGCACGGCGACGUCAGCCGUACACUCAUCAUGGAGUACACGGGUAAGCAAAAGAAGGCUCGUGGUGCGACCAUGUAUGGACAGUAUUUGCUUCUCUUCAACGAGGAUUACGUAGAGGUUCGAAACGCCGAGAAUGGACGCCUGCGUCAAAUCAUUGCCGGCCGAGAUGUCCGUGUCCUGGAUCUCGGCGUUCGGGGCCCUACAGGCAGAAGCACACUAAAUCCGCAGUCACACACCAACGGUUAUGUGCACUCAUCAAGUGCCGGUAGUGAAGGGUCGAAGGGCACUGUCAAGAUUGCCAUGUCUCACCCAGAGCUUCCUGGUCGACAGAUCGUUUUGGAGAUGCUUUUGAAUGACGGUCACAUGGAGAAGUAA